AUAAGGAGAUAGAGAUGACAACAAAGAAAAUUUAAAGAAUUGGAAAAUUUUAUGAGAAUUUAUACAUUCGAAGUUUAUUUUAUCAGCUGUGAACAAAUUUAAUUGAUUGGUGCAAUUUAUUAUGGAAGAUUAGUUGCUAUAUGUGAGGCUCCCUUAAGUACAGAAAAGCAUUCGUAACACGCCAAUAUGGAGCAGAAUUCUUUUGAUCCUUUUGCCGCUGAAAAUAGUGGAACAGCUCGCUUUGUGGAAAAGUUGGUCGAUAAUGGGCUAGCGGGUAGCGGAGGUGCCUGCAGCAGCAAUAGUGCUACUAUAAACGCAACGCACGAAUUCCAGACAAUGAAGCCGGGUUUAGGCCAAAAACCUGGACAAUCUACUGGCAGAACCGAAAUACCACAUAGUGAGCUUGUAAAAAUGCUUUAUUUUUUGGAGGGUGAGCUGCAGGCACGCGACGUUGUCAUCGCUGCCUUACGAAACGAACGAGUCAAACAAUACAUAACUCAACUUCGUACAAAGCGUGUUCAACCGAAUGAUCCUUAUGCCGCAAUUUUUCGCGACAAAAUCGCACUUUCAGGCAAUAUGAUUUCACGCGAAUCAUCUACCCAAGCGGCACAAGCAGAAAUGGAAGUGCGACAAAUAAUCGAACAGCAAAUGGAGCAGCAAUAUCAAAUGGUUAGCAAACAACGUGCAACACAUUUACGAAUGGUAAAUAUACUUACAGAGUCAUUGGAAAACAAUCAAAGAAUGCUGCAGGAAUUGGAAGAAGAAAAACGAAAGCAUGAACAUGAUACAGCCCAGGGAGAUGAUAUAACAUAUGGUUUAGAGUUGGAACGAACUAAGUUGCGGCAAGAGCUGGAAGAGGAACGAGCUCAAUUAAAAAAAAUGGAAAAGGAAAUGAAAAAAUUGCAAGAAACUUUAGAUUACGAACGUAACCGACAAAAACAAAUCGUUUUAUUACUUAUUGCUGAACGAAAGAAAAUACUUAUGAAGUACAUUGAAGAAGGCAAACGGUCAGAGGAUUUAGCACAGAUAUUGGCGGAAGAGAAACAACGUUCGGACACUAUCGCUGAAGGUCUGGAAGAAGAGAGUAAAAAGUCUUUACGUAUGGAAGAGGAAAUGGAAAAACAGUCAGCUGCAUUUGAAAAUGAACGCAAAGCGCUAAAAUUGAAUACUAUCAAGGAAGAGGCCAGAGCGAAGGAAUUGGAACAAGAAAUAACAUUGUUACGUGCUGAAAAUGAGGCUUUAAAGAAACAGCAACAACUGUUGCAACAAAGUGUGACGGCUGGUGUUAGCGCAACACUUGUCGGCGGUGCCAAAGCUAGAAGUUUGAGUGAUGAUGCUUGUGCCACACCAAUGGUAAAUAUUGCAAAGAUCGUGCAGCCAACUGCAACUGUGACAAGUGUACCCGUUUCUGGACCAACUACAGGUAUCGCACGUGCGCCUGGUCAGACAUUGCGUAGUGGUGUUGCCGUCGCCCUACCUGCUGCUGCGGUGGCACAAUCAACUGCCACCGCUGUACCCCACUCAACAGUGGCAUUAGCCAAUGCAAGCAACAAUAUAAUCGGUGAUAGCACAACAACAGUAGCUGCUGCAAUAUCAGCAGCUAUUACCUCAACGGCAAGCAAUUUAACAACCGGUGCUGUAGGCAGCGGCAUUGUAGCCACUGCAGUUGCACCACCAUCCCCUUCUCCGGUGAAAAUGCAACCAACUGCCACUAUUCAACGUGCACCAGGUGGUAAAUAUGCUGCACUCGCUGCAGCUGCGGCUGCAUCACAUUCGCUAGAGCAAGCGACAACAGCUCCACAUCCAGUACCAAUUGCUGUGCCACCAGUUACAGUACCACCAGCCGGUGCUCGUGGCGCACCACCUCCCAUACCCCCGAAUAAGCCAAUCGUACCACCAAAGCGUGAACCAUCACUAUCGCGUCUUAGCUCGAUUGCUGUGGCUAGUGCUGUCUCAGCCAGUGCUGUUGGUGCGAAUACAACAAAUUCAGUCGGUGGUGUAACAAAUACUACAUCCAAUGCUAAAUUAAAUUGAAAUAUUAAGAACCUUCUACACAAUACUUUACAUACCGAGGCAAUAUAAUAUUUCGGAAAAUGGGCAUAGAGAAAUGCGAGGACUUAAAAAAUUGAUAAACUGUUAUAGAAAAUAAGCGCAUGACAUACAGCAUCCCAUGUGGUUUGUUAAAGGUGUUUAUAAAACAGACGAUCGCACCACUCCUCAUUUCAUAUAUCAACUUGAUAAAGUGAUUCUAAAUUGAAAUUCUUACAAAGUAUUGUAAGCUUUUAGGAACGGUGUGGUGUCCAUAUUACUUAAACUUAAAAGAAUUCUCAUAGUUUCUAAAAAUUUUCAAAGUCUUCUCACUCUUGUGUUUGAGUUCGCUUAUUUUCUUAAAGUAUUAAAAUACUAUACAUAAAUAUAUACGUAUAAAACAAAGAAAUGUGUAUACCCGUAGUCGUUAAAAUAAUAUAACAAAAAAUCGAAACUUAAUCAUGGCCAUAUACACUUAUACAUACAUAGUUGUAUAAUUAAUAACUACUUAUACAUAAACAUACAUAUGCGUUACAAAUAACAGUUAUGAAAAAUUGCAGAAUUCUAGUAUUAAAAAUACUUAAAUACACACAUAUAUUGGGUGACGGAAAGUUUCCAGCGUUUUCACCCAUCAACAUUGGCGUCAUGUUCACUGUGUUUGGCGUGUGCUUAUUUUUUUUAUUCGAAAAUGAAGGAAAUGAAUGAAAACCAUUAUUUAAGCUGAAGGGUAAACGUCGGUUAAGCUUUUUGAAAAUACAAAAUCUACUGUGCGAAAAUUAUUUACUUGCUUUCAUACUGAUGAUUUUGAUAUGAAAGUUGAUUAAUGUAACGAUUUUAGAAAGAGAAAUACUACAGUAGUAUUAAUAAAAAAUAACAUAAAACAAAAUUACCUAAAGUAGUAAACGCUCAGUUGGUCGAGUGUUAGACAAAAGGCAGCAAAUUGUUAACGAGAUAGACAGCGCCAUUGCGCUCAAGUAUUAAAUACAUUCAUACAAUUAUAGCAGCUUAAAAAUUGGCAGCUCAAAAGAGCAAAUUAUGAUACUGUGAGUUAACCGAACCUUUAGAAAUUUCAUAUUAAGUCUAAUUUGUGGAAUCUGAAAUGACCUUUUGUUGUAAUUUCCUAUAUAUACGAUUAUAGAAUAUAAGUAUAGAAAGCGUUAUGUUUAAUAAAUAUAUAAAUAUUUUUUUUUUUACACUAAGUAGUUCUACUGCUUCAUCUUAAGUUUAGUCGUUUAUAUAGGGUCGUAUUCACGAAUAUUUUUUUGUGUUUGUUAAACAAAAAAAUUAAAAAGAUCGCAAGAGUUAUAUUUUUAAUAGAAAAGUCAGUUUACUUUGGUUUAUAUGAAUUUUUAAGCUCGCAAUAUUACACCACUUGACUUUAUCCUACCUACAAUAAUUAAUGUAUGUAUAAUCCUUAAGGUAUAUUUACUAUACAAAAGUUUCUAUCGAAAUGCUAACAGAGAGGCAAUGUAAGAGCCAAUUAAGUAGCCACAAUCAGAAACAACAACACAUUAAUUGAAUGUGAAAAUAAUUUGGACGUGUAAACCAAUUUGUAUUUAAGGUUUAAAUUUUAAACAAUAAAUAUUAAAUGAGACUAGUAUUCAACCCA